AACGAGAAUCUGCGAGAGCAAAAUAAAUAUGGCGCAUGAAAAUCUCGGAAGUAACAUUUGUUGGGUUUUGCCGCAACCUAUAGUUUAAAUUAAGAUUUCGAAAUCAAACAAUUUGAAAAAGUUGGGAUAGGAUCGUGAAAAUGCCUAAAUUAAAGGGGGAUCCAACUAUCUACCCUCCACCCACGAUAAAGGGUCCUAACUACCAGGUGGUCAGUCAUGGGAGUUUCUCCUGGGAUGCAUACCUGAAAGACACUGGAGAGAUCCCAGCGCCACAGUCCUGUUUUAAACAGGCACUUGUCCCACCAAAAUGUGAGUUCAAACCAGGAAUGAAACUUGAGGCAUCAGAUCCCAGAAACCUGACAUCAACAUGUAUCGCUACAGUUAUCGGCAAUCUCGGGCCAAGGUUACGACUUCGCUUAGAUGGAAGUGAUAACAAAAAUGACUUCUGGAGAUUGGUCGAUUGUGAUUCUCUUCAGCCAAUUGGAUCAUGCGAGAAAAAGGGAGGACUUCUUCAACCUCCUUUGGGAUUUUGCAAGAAUCCAUCCUAUUGGCCAAUGUUUUUACAAAAAACAUUAAACGGAGCGGCUAUUGCACCAGACUGUGCAUUCAUAACAGAACCUCCCACUCCACCUAAAAAUGAAUUUAAGCUUGGGAUGAAAUUAGAAGCAGUGGAUCGGAAAAAUCCUCAACUGAUAUGUCCUGCAACAGUGGGUUCCGUCAAUGGGGACCAGAUUCAUGUGACAUUUGAUGGGUGGAGAGGAGCCUUCGAUUAUUGGUGCCGAUAUGACAGUCGGGAGAUUUUCCCUGUGAAUUGGUGCGCACUAAGUGGUCAUCCAUUGCAACCACCUGGUCAAAAAGGUGUCUCUCAACACAAGCAGAACAAACAGGGAAAGCACCAAAGUCUGACACCUUCCGAACGAUCCAAGCCACCCAGCAUUAACAUCUCCACACCAGGAUAUAAGCUAGGCCUUGGGGAGUCAAGUCCAAGUGUCUGCUCCACCUUACCUGGAGAAAUAAGUCCAGGAGCAUUAUCACACUCCAGUGUCAAAACCCCCAGUGUAGCCUCUUCAGGUGCUAAAAGCCCUAAUGAUUUGUCAAAGUUGGAGUUAACGGGCAUAGAUGGCAAUGCAGCAGAGGGCACCACCGUGCAAUAUUCGCCCCAUGUUACAAGUGCAGAGCCUGACACCAGUUUCCACCCGUCUUCAACAGUGUGUGUCUAUGUGAGCACAUCAUGUAAACCGGGGCCAUACAUAUACCACAAAGUGAAUCAGAUGCCAUCGCAGUUUGGUCCAAGUUCAUUGUCCCGCGUUUUACGGGAACUGGUCCAGACGUGUAUUGACUGUGCCAGGGAACAGAUAAACGUAUUUGAGCUUGUCACUCAAGGAAAUGGAAAAACCAUUAUAACAAUGGAACAUGAGGGUGCUGUACACAGUCGUAAACUGCCAUCUAUUGAGAAAGUCUCAGCGUUUUGGAGUUUCAUCGAGGAUUUUUCCGAGAAACUUCAAUGUUGUGAGAACUACUUCUCUAGUCACCAAAUUGAAGGCGGCUGUUCAAAAUGUGCAAAAAUGGCAACCAACAAAUCUCAAACCAAUAGUAAAGGAGUGACGACAACUCCUAAGAGACAGUGGUCCAUGGAAGCCUCAGAAAAGAAUCCUCUCAAAGCAAAAGUUCGUAGAACAUCAGCUGUUGAUGACAGUGACAUCCCAAAGAAGAGAAAACUCUCUCAGUCUGAUCAUCCUGACAAGAAGCCAUACAAACAGAGACACCAAUCGGGAGACUCCCCACAGGGGCUUCUUACAACUAUCAAGAUUCCAGCACAUUCUCAAUUCUCAUCUAUGACAAAACUCAAACCAAAAACCCCUGUUAAAUCAACAGCCUUUACUGCAGAAGCAAGCUCCACGACAGAGCCUAAACACAGCAAUCUCAGUGUUCAAACUGAUCCCUCUGAUUGGACGAUAGAUGAUGUAAUCAAACAUAUUUGUGAUGUUGAUCCUGCCCUUGGGAAUCAUACAGAGCUGUUUAGAAAACAUGAAAUUGAUGGAAAGGCCCUGUUGUUGCUGAAUAGUGAUAUGAUGAUGAAAUAUAUGGGACUAAAGUUAGGGCCUGCGCUGAAAUUGUGUCACAUUAUUGACAAAGUAAAGGCCCGUAAAUGACACCUUAUGAAGAGAGCAUUCCUGUUAUAUCCUAACAUGCAACCAAAAUUCCUUUACUGAUGCGUUGUAUGAACCAAAUCAUGCAACCUAGAUUUAUUUAUAAAAUGUUGUCUUUAUCUAAUCAUGCAACCAAAAUUUUUUUUUAUUAAUGUGUCAUCCUCAUUGAAUCAUCGAUUUAAAGUUCCUGUAUAUGGUGUCAUCAUUAUCAAAAAAUCCUUUUUUUUAUAUAAAGUGUUGAUCUCCGUGGUAUGAGUUACCACAAUAAACUACAAGGGAGAAUUAGCUAACGAUGAUUGCAAUAUUAAUUACACGUUGCCAUAGCUUAUGACUUUUAAUUGUUUAGACAGGAUAAAUUAGCCACUACACUAUUAUUUAAUUUUUCAACUGAAACAUUGGUUGAUCAAUCUACAGUUCUUAUAAAGAUACACAAAAAGACAGAGAUUCAUACAUAUAUGAUAUGAAAGGUUCGAAACAAUCAUUCCAAAAAUGAUUUUGUAGUUAGGACGUGUCCAUAUAAAAGUAUAUCAUGCAUGUGUAGCUCUAUAAAAAACAUUGACAAUCUAGCAAUGAAAGCGUUAACCUUUAUUUAGAAACAUUAAUUUAAUUUUUAUUUAGUUACUCUAUCAUUUCUAUCAAGAGCAUACAUAUUAAGGAUUCAGAUAAAAAAUCAAGAUUUGCCAAUUGUUAAUUAUUUUUAUUCGGGGGAGGUGGUGAUUUUAACCAUAUGAUUAUCAGUGUUUUCUAGGGUAAUUUGUCUUUUGGCAAAAAUUGUUGUUUUGAUAAGAUCCCUAAAGUGCCAUCCCUAACAUUCAGUAAGUUCAAAUGUCAUCAAAAGCAAUAUAAUUGAGUACAUCCACAUUAUUGGGCUAAAUUAUGAAAUUCCAAUAAUUCAAAAUAUUCUCAAUUACUUGCGAGAGUAGAUAUUCUAAAGUACACUCUUGCCACAAAUAUAUUGAGAUCGAAAUAUUAAUUACACCCCUGUUCAAACAUAUGGAAGGGAAACAUUAAAAUGAUUACCCUCUGUGUUACGCGAUAUACACUCCUCCCAAAAUUAUUGGAGUGUAAAUAUAUACACUCCCUUCACAACCAUGGAGGAAGGGUAAAAAAGGAAUGCUCUCUUCGUAGACUGAAUUUAAGUUUAAGUUUUUUUUGUAUCAUAGUUUAUAUUCUUUUUCAUAGAUUACGUUUGAAUAAUGAUAUUUAUUCAAGUUUGUACAGAAGUAUGAUGUACAAUGCAUUCUAAGAUCUAAAGUAUGUAUGUGUAUGGAUAUGUACAUAUUGUAUUCAUGAUGCCAUAUAUUCUGUACAUUUAGUUAUGAGUACGGUU